AUGAGAUGGAGCAGUAGCAGUGAUGGCAGUCGUCUCGGAUCUGAUGGCAGAGGUAGACCGGGGGUUUUCCAGUCUGCUGCAGCAGGCAAGUACCGUCACACUUCAGUGUUUUCGUCGCCUGAUACCGCCUUGAAUUCCAGUUCCAUCACCGUGAUCUCACCAUCUGCGUCUAUUACAUCGCAAUCCAACGUUCUCUCGUUCAAUCGCCAUCAGAAAAUCGUCGUAUAUUACCAGAAUGUCGGCGGCAUCAACAGAAAUGUCGAUGAUUUUCGGCUAUCUGUAUCGGAUCAAUGCUACGAUAUCGUUGUUCUCACGGAGACUUGGCUAGACUCACGUACGCUCUCGCAUCAGAUGUUCGGUGAAGAUUAUGAAGUUUUUCGAUGUGAUAGGAAUGCUGAUAAUAGCCGUAAGGCUAGAGGCGGAGGUGUUCUGGUGGUCGUGAACUCCAGACUCGAAGCGAGAGCUGUAGAUAAUCAAAAAUGGAUUUGCUUGGAGCAGAUGUGGACGGCGAUCACACUUGGCGACCGUACUUUAUUUCUAUGUGCGUUGUACAUCCCUCCCGACCGAAUACGAGAACACGAGCUCUUUGAGACACAUUGUCAGUCGGUUUUCUCUGUCUUGGAAACCGCUAAAGCAACAGAUGAAGUCAUCUUAAUGGGCGACUUUAAUCUUCCGAGAAUCUCGUGGAAGAAAUCCUGCAACGGCUUCCUUUAUCCGGAUUUGGGUUAUUCGACCAUCCACCCCAACGCUUCUUUCUUGCUUGACGAUUACAGCUUAGCCACUCUCUCGCAAAUCAAUUACGUUGCCAAUCAGAAUGACCGUAGUCUGGAUCUCUGCUUUGUGAGUGCGCAGGACACAGCCCCAUUCCUAUGCCAGGCUUCAGCUCCUCUUGUUAAGCACACCCCUCAUCAUCCAACUCUGCUGGUUACAGUUGGCACUAAGUUGUCACAGGAUUUCGAUAUUUCACCUGUAGCAAUUUCUUAUGACUUUCGUAAUGCCGACCAUCGUGGUAUCAGCCAGUUACUCUCUAUUUUCAACUGGGACGAUAUACUAGACACCGUUAACGUCGAAUCUGCAGCUUUAACAUUCUCCAACGUCCUGGUAUAUGUUAUCGAUAGAUAUGUGCCGAAAAAGAAAUGCCACCAUGCAUCCCGCAAACCAUGGCAGACCUGUGUGCUUCACCGACUGAAAUCAAUGAAGAAGGCCGCUUUGAGAAAUUUCACCACACACCGCACACAAAUUCUUCAUUAUCAAUAUGCGCGAAUCAACCACGAAUAUAAACGUGUUGCGAAGCAAACUUUCCUACAUUAUCAGCAUCGUGUACAGAGAAAACUCAAAUCACAUCCCAAACAGUUUUGGAAAUUUGUCAACGAGCAGCGCCAUUCAGCCGGUCUGCCAUCGUCUAUGGCAUUCAAUGGAAUCGUGGCCUCUACGCAACGGGAUAUCUGCAACCUUUUCUCAGAUAAAUUUGCCAGCGUUUUCACCGAUGAGAGUUUGAGCGACGAACAUAUCAGGCAUGCUGCUGGCUACGUCCCUCUCUCUAACCAAACCCUGAGUAGAGUUGACAUCAGUUUGGAGAUGAUUUCUAGGUCGUUCUCGAACCUCAAAGCCUCGUUCAAUCCGGGACCUGACGCUUUCCGUGUCUACUGGCGUUUUUCCGACCUGUUGGAAACUAUCGCAUAUGUUCCCAGUCCAUAA